AAAAACAAAAAACCCUCCAUUAGGUCGUCUUCUCGGCAGUCCUCGCGGUCGCUCUGCUUUCGUUCGGUGCUGCUCCUCUUCUUCUUCUUCUUCUUCUUCUUCUUCGUGCUAUUUCACUGUUCUUCUGCUAAAUCCUUCAUUGAAGUCGUCUCACUAUGGGCCGCAAGACGAAGAAGUUCAUCGACAAGAAGAAGGCCGCGACCUUCCAGCUGCUCUCCCGCGACUCCACGGACCCCAACUUCGCCGCCGACGCUCCGGGAGGUGACCGCAUCUUCGUCCGCGUCGACAACAGUCCGUACUCCGUAGAAACUCUUGACGGCAACGACGAUGGAGACGAUGAUCCGAACUCGAGAUUUGCCGACGCGCCGGAGGACGUCGAGGAAGCUGGGGCCUUCCGGAGCUUGGCCGGGGCAUCGAACGGGAAGAAGCAGCAGCUGCCGGAGCACGUUAGAAGGGAGAUUCUGGAGCUGGGGUUUCCUGAUGAUGGGUACAAUUACUUGUUGCAUCUGAGGGACAUUAGGAACACUGGCGGCGGAUCAGCUUUCUAUCAGAACCCCAAAGCGAGGCUUGACUUGGUCCCGAAAGAUGUGAAGGCAUAUGAUGCAUCGAGAGUCAUGGUCGGAGGAGUGAAUGAUGAACCCAAUGAUGGCUCCAUCUACAAUGUAGCCUCUCAGUCAGUUAAUGUGAAGGUUCAGAAAGUGUUUGAUCCUGAAGUUGCUGCCCUGCUCGAUGAUAAUGAUCUGUCACGGUUUGGUUCAGAUAUCGAAGAUUUGGAAGAAGAUUUUGUGGUUCAGGCCAACUGUCCUGAAUCAGGGGGGAAUGUUAUGGAUCAAAAAUUGAAUUUGUUGAGGAUAUCGGAGGCUGCUAAAGGAGUUACUGACAAUCUAAAUACUUCAGUUCAUCUAGAGAAACAAACAACUGAUGUUUAUGAGGAUGGGAAUAGUGAGUACGUCACGGAGAAACCAAGGGUUCGUCGGCUUCUUGAUGAACAAUUCGAUCUGCUUGAACGACAAGAAUAUGGAUCUGAUUACGAGGAUGAAGAUGAUUACUACCCGGUCUAUGGCGAUGAAGAGGAGGAAUGCCUUGCUGAUAAGCUUAAACAUUCUCUAAAUGACAAAGUUAUGGAUGAGCUAGAAAUCGAAGGCGAUUAUAAAGCUCCAGCUGACUUGUUGCGUGAGAAGGAUCAAUUAAAAAGCAAAAAGCUAGAGGAUUCUGCUGCAGAUUUGAUUGACCGCUGCAGGGAAUAUGCAGAGAAGUAUCAAAAAGAGAAUGAAGAUGAUAGAGAAGUAAUGAUCGUAGAAGAAAGUAGCGAUGAAUCGGAGAUGUGGGAUUGUGAAACAAUAGUCUCUACAUACUCGAACCUUGAUAAUCACCCUCAGAAAAUCGAAGCACCCGAAGUAGCUCGUAGGAGAUUGUUGUCUGCAACUGUUCCUGGAGCUUUAGCUGCAAACAAUAAGGUGAUCAGCCUUAAAGGGAAAGAAAAACUUCCUGUGGAUUUUCUGCCUCGUGGCAGAAAACCUGCUACGGAGAAAGUCAAGGGUGGGAAUACCGUGAGACUGGAGCAGCAGAAGGGAAGACAACACGGCCAAGAGUCCAAAGAGGAGAAGAAAGAGCGGAAGUCUGUGGUGAAGGAGGAAAGGCGGGAAGCUAGACGCAUGAAAAAGGAAACGAAGGGGCUUUACAGGUGUGAAGCACAACGUGCUCAGAGAGUUGCUGCUAUUACAGGCCCAUCUUCGAUUCCUCUCGUGUAGCAGGUGAAGUUCUAAAUACUUCCACAUACUGCGAGAAAAAAUUACAAGAGCCUCUCUCGUUUCAUCAACUUCACGAGGCUGGAAAAUAUUGCUGCUAGAGAUAUAUCAAGGAGAGUUGGGCUGUUUAUUUUUUCAAUGGAUCUUUUCUUUCUCUGCAAGAGGUUUGGCUUUGCAGCUUUUCAUCGAAGUCAUCAUGUGUCUUGAUGUUGCUCCGUAGAGUGCAUUACAUGGAGCCUGUGACAAAAACGGUUUUGAUGGCAUAAUACAUUCAAAAACAUGAGGUGUUGUGUUGAAGGAAAGUUCUUUGUUGAUAUCAUAAUUUUGUUGCGAGAAAUAAAUACUUGCCCUAAAUUUUUUCUGCUUGGA